GCCGGAAGUGUGCGCAGCCCAGGGGUCGGUCCGGCGCCCGGAGGCGGCCGGAGGUGUGCGGGUUGGGGCAGCGCAGCGCUCGCUUGCUUCCGGCGUGUGGUGACGUCGUCCGCUAGCCGGCCCUCCUACGCUUGGUGGCCGGGGGCUGGUCCCCGCGCUCCCUUCGCUCCGGCGCCUUCAUUGUCCGAGCGUUUCAGCGGAGGCCAACCCGACAUGAGCAGCAAAGAAGGGUCAGGAGGGUUCAGGAAGAGGAAGCAUGACAACUUCCCCCAUAACCAAAGAAGAGACGGGAAGGAUGUUAAUUCAUCUUCUCCCGUGAUGUUGGCCUUCAAAUCGUUUCAGCAGGAGCUGGAUGCGAGGCAUGACAAAUACGAGAGGCUUGUGAAGCUCAGCCGGGAUAUAACUGUUGAAAGUAAAAGGACAAUUUUUCUCCUCCAUAGGAUUACAAGUGCACCUGAUAUGGAAGAAAUAUUGACCGAAUCAGAAAUUAAAUUGGAUGGCGUCAGACAAAAAAUAUUACAGGUAGCCCAAGAGCUGUCAGGAGAAGACAUGCAUCAGUUCCACCGAGCCAUUACGACAGGGCUGCAAGAAUAUGUGGAAGCUGUCUCUUUUCAGCACUUCAUCAAAACACGAUCAUUAAUCAGUAUGGAUGAAAUUAAUAAGCAGUUGAUAUUUACAACAGAAGACAGUGGAAAAGAAAACAAGACUCCCUCCUCUGAUGCGCAGGACAAGCAGCUGGUCACCUGGAGCCUGAAAGUCACCCCUGUUGACUACCUCCUGGGAGUGGCUGACUUAACUGGAGAAUUGAUGCGGAUGUGUAUUAAUAGUGUGGGGAACGGGGACAUUGACACGCCCUUUGAAGUCAGCCAGUUUUUACGUCAGGUUUAUGAUGGGUUCUCAUUCAUUGGCAAUACAGGGCCUUAUGAGGUUUCUAAGAAGCUAUACACCUUGAAACAGAGCCUGGCCAAAGUGGAGAAUGCUUGUUACGCCCUGAAAGUGCGGGGUUCAGAAAUUCCAAAACACAUGCUGGCAGAUGUGUUUUCCGUUAAAACAGAAAUGAUUGAGCAAGAAGAGGGCAUUUCUUAGACUAGUAGUACCCUGCUAUUCUCUUAAGUCCUGAGAGAGACCAGCUUGUAAGACUGUUACUUAGUGUUUUAUUUAGUUUUAUUGUGGCUUUUAUAUAGGAAUGUUUUCAGUUGUACUUGUUUUAAAUUGUAAACAAGCUGUACAUAAAAUGAUCCAAAUGAAUAAUUUCUUAUUCAUGAAAACUUGCAUACAACUGUUUGCAUAUAUGCUUAUUUGAAUUUUUGCUGGCUAACCUUUAUCAUUUAUCAUGUUGUGUGAACAUGCUUCAGAUUGCACAGUCUGCCAUGCCUAUUUUAAUUUACUUUGUGUGAGUUUUAGAGUGAUAAUUUUUAGUGGAAGCCAUUGAAGUUGGUGAUUUUGUUAUACAUAGAAAAGAUUUCUUAAACUUUCAGGUUUGAAUUUUCCUAUUUAAAUUUCUUAGUUAUUGUGCUAAGCCUCUAAAAUAGGUUUACUCCAUGGAGCACUUAAAAUUAAUAUUUUAAAGUACAGGUUUUGAAAUAUUAUAGUAAGAAUUCUGGCAAAUUUUGGGCCAUUUUGAAUUUAUAUGAAACAACCUUCUGGAAAAAUUGACGUAUGUUAGUUUAAACAGUUAUUUUUUGUCCUUUAUCACAGAAGAUCUGAUGGGGAAUUGGAGCUAACAGUGUAAUAUUUUCACUUGGUAAAAUUGAGUUGAAUUGUAUAUUUGUACAUACAACUGAAAAGCUUUUAGUAGUGGUAAUUUUUUUGGUAGAUCUUUUUGAUCAUUAGGCAUGUUUGGGGCUUUCCUAUUAUAGCAUCUAUCAGAGGAUACAUUUAAAUAAUUAUGAAAUUUUGACAUACUAGGCUAAUCCAAACCCUUAUAACUAUUCCAUAGUGUUAAUUGAUAAAGUUGCCAAAGAAAAUGCGUUACGUACAGUUCAGCAAUAAGACAAUGGUAGUCUUCAGUGACCCUUAGAAUUGGGAUUUGCCUACCGAUGUUAGUCCUGAAUCAUCACUGGUGGUAUGAAACGUUUUGAGUGUGAUGUGACUAGCUGUCAGACAUAUCUGGUUGGUUUUAUGAGUCCUGAGAAUCCAGAUACUGAAUUUUAUUUUUUGAAAGAUUAUCUCUGUUUGUAAGGGCUGACUCUUUGAAAUUUUCAAGAAAUAUCACCUAAAGGAAAAUAAAACAUAGACAUGCCUGAUA